AUGGAAACCAAAUCGCCAAAUUCGUUGUCAUUGAAGGUGUUUUUUGGCCAUCGUCUGAAUGAGAACGACACAAAUCUCCUCCACCAAUGUCUUGAGCUCAUCACGCAGCAUUUUGGUCCCAACUUCUUUGUUGAAUUUAUCGACCUAUCAACCACCACAAAUCCACUCUCAGCCCUACAAGCCAUAACCAGCACUCUCUCAAGAGUCGGAGAAUCCAAACUAUCCAAUGCCCUAGACCACGUUCUCUACCUCUGCACCGAAGACCGCGAACUAGGAGGCCAAGGUCUCAGUCCUACGCAUCCAUUUACAGACGCAGAUCGUGAGAAAGUUCGUUCUUUGGCUGAUUCGUGGUUAUAUGCCAGUACCUAUGAUACGCAGAUUCCUGGUACGAAUUUAAAGGCGACUAAGAAUCGUAAGCCCAUGACACUUUCGGAGAAGAUAUUUAUGCACCACGUACUUCCAGGGAGCAGGACUAUAGAGUUGAAAGCUGGAGAUGUGGUGCCUGUAUCUGUGGAUUGGGUUCUUGCGUCGGAAGUGUCCUGGAAGGGCAUGAUGAAAACAAUCAAUGAAGUCGGUGCCACGAAGAUCUGGCGCAAUGACCGGUUCUGGUUAGCGGCUGAUCACAUCGUCGAUCCGAGAAUUGAGCAUGUGCCGAAAGUUAAGGCGUUGAUUGAGAAGUCUGAAAAGGCGCAGAGGGAUUUUAAAUUGACGGAUUAUAAGGGGAAGAAUUACACGAUUCUUCACACAGAAUUCGUUCGGGAAAGGGCCCAGCCCGGAAUGCUCCUGGUAGGCUCGGACUCACACACCUGCUCCUCCGGAGCCGUGGGCUGCCUCGGAAUUGGCCUCGGAGCUGCAGAUGUUGCAAUGUCAUUGCUUACUGGGGCUUCAUGGUUCAAGAUUCCAGAGUCGAUUAGAAUUGAUAUAGUAGGAGAGCCGGGGUUCGGUAUUGGAGGGAAGGACGUUAUUCUCCAUAUACUGGGACAAUUGAAGCGGAAUACUGUCGCUGCGGAUAGGAUUGUGGAGUUUGGGGGGCCAGGGGCGAAAUAUCUUUCUUGUGAUGACCGGUUUUCUAUUUGUAAUAUGUGCACGGAAUUCGGCGCCAUAACAGGAGUCUUUAUACCAGAUAUAGUCGUGCGAAACUACAUAAACCGUCGAAAACGAACUCUCUACAAGUCCUCACCACUAUAUUUCCACCCCGACAACGACGCCCAAUACGCAGAAACCUUCACUAUAAACCUCACACACGUCCAACCCUACAUCGCCCUCUACCCCUCCCCCGAUAACAUCAUUCCAAUCAAAAACUGCUCUCCAAUAACCUUCGAUGGCGCCUUCAUCGGAGCCUGCACCACAACCGAAGAAGACCUGAUACUAGGCGGCCUCGUCCUACAGGUUGGAUUACAGGAGAAUCUAUCAUUGAAAAAUGGUAAGAGACAUGUAGUGUUCGGUUCUCUGCCUAUUACCAAACGAUUACGGGAGCUUGGUAUUACGGAAAUUUAUCAGGAUGCUGGGUUUCGGGAGUCUGCACCGGGGUGCAGUUUCUGCGUUGGGAUGGGGGCUGAUCAGGCGGGUGUGGGGGAGACGUGGCUUUCGUCUCAGAAUCGGAAUUUUAAGAAUCGGAUGGGCAAGGGCUCAUUUGGCAACCUCAGUUCUGCGGCUGUUGUUGCAGCAUCGAGCUUUUCGAUGUCACUGGUCGAUCCAUCGCCAUUUCUCGAGAAAGUGGACAGGAGCUUAUACAAAUCCUUAACGCGGAAAAAUACCAUUUCAAAACAGGCCGACGCGGUUGUAUAUGUCGAACCCAGUGUUCCGAAGCAGCAGCCCAGUCAGCAGCCCCUAAAAGCAGGCGCUGGCGUGGACCAGCAGACGCCUGGUAAUCACACAUGGAUAAUCUCGAGCAGAAUCCAAACUCUCGGGGACUUCAUCGAUACUGACGCACUAGCACCAGCCGAAUACCUCGUCGAAUGCGAAACAGACGAAGCCCUAGGCCAGCACUGCAUGGAACACACAUUCCCUGAAUUCCGGGGGGCAGUGCAAGCAGGUCGUCAAGUAAUCGUGGCAGGUGAGAGCUUUGGUUGCGGGUCGUCUCGUGAGGAGGCGCCCAGGGCUCUUAUUGGCCUAGGAGUCCAGUGCGUAAUCGCCAAAUCCUUCGCCUUUAUUUACGGCCGCAAUCAGCCUACCCUGGGACUUCUAGGGAUUACUAUACGGGACGAGUCGUUCUACGAGAGUGCAACAGACGAUGCUGAGAUCAUAAUCGAUGUCUACAGCCGGGAGCUUACCAUCGGAAAAGGGAGGUGGAAUUUUGAGCUCGAUAAUCUAGAAAUCAAAAUGUUGCAGAACAAAGGCCUGGCGGAAGCAUAUAAAAAAUUCGAGAAGAAUGUAUUUGAUAAUCUAUGUGGAGAUGGACAUACGGAAGGGCCGGGGAUGGAAGGCAAGUCUAUUCAUUCGUCGCUGGCGUGGUGA